AUGGCCGACCUCAAAAACACCGCUAGUCAGCGCUUGGUUCAGAUAAAGGAUUUUCUAACCAUGAAUAAAACGGCAUCAAAAGUACCAUGGGACCCCAAUAAUACCAUAUUCCCCACACGAAAAGAGCUCCCGGAGAUUCCGGGAGCCCCCAAAGAGGCUGCUUGGGUCUGGGGCGAGAACGAUCACAUUGGGCGUCUGAACCUCCUGACACCGGCCCGGGUGGCUGCGGCUACCAAAGAGAUCAAGACUGGAGAAAUUGUGCCCGUCAACUUACCUCUCAACGUACCUAGCGUACCCGCGUUCGGCCGUGAAGUCUUCCAACACGAGAUCAAGACUUUAGCCGAAGGAUACGCCUACGAUGACUUGUAUCAUAUGAAUACUCAAAGCGGCACUCAAUGGGAUGGCUUUCGGCAUUUCGCGCAUAUGCUGACUGGCUCUUUUUACAACGGCACGAAAGGCAGUGACAUUACAGGGCCAGAUGCAAACCACAAGUGCUCAAUCCACUACUGGGCUGAACACGGCAUUGCCGGACGGGGUAUUCUUCUAGACUACAGGGGCUAUGCGCACAAGAAAGGCAUCAACUAUGACCCGUUUGACUACUAUCCCAUUUCCUGGGAGGAGCUAUACCAGUGCGGCAAGGAACAAGGAGUAGACAUUCGGCCGGUUGCUCAGGGAGGCGACAUCAAGCCUGGAGACAUGCUUUUUGUCCGUAGCGGAUGGAAGGAAGCCUACGACAGCAAGAGCGAUGAAGACAGGGCCAAAGCUGCACUCCGCCAUGGCUCCGGUAAAAAUGGAGAAGACGGACUGCGAUACGCCGGUCUCAGUCAAGAAGAAAAGAUUCUAGAUUGGCUUCACGACUGCUAUUUUGCGACUGUAGCAGGCGAUGCUCCAGCAUUUGAGGCUUGGCCAACACACGAAGACUAUCAUCUCCACGAGUAUAUUCUUGCUCUCUGGGGAAUGCCACUCGGCGAAAUGCUGGAUCUUGAGAAGCUUGCCCAGACGUGUCGCGAGAGGGGGAGGUGGUUCUUUUUCUUCUCUUCUGCGCCCGCCAAUUGCCCUGGCGGAGUGAGCUCUCACGUGAAUGGUACAGCGAUAUUCUAAAGUGUUAGUACGCGGCAUUGGGCAAGGUGAUAUGGUAUUGAAGUCGCGACAAAAAAACGAAAAUUCAAGAAAAGUUGGUUGAUUUUAGUAGUUGCUUCACCGAAUAAAUUGGGUGAAUUUCCUUAUAUAUCGCGU